AGCGAGGGCAGUGUUUACUUGAGAAAAUGAAUGGCGGAAAAGUGGUAGGUUGGUAAUUGCGCUGUGAAGGUAUCUGUGAAAAUGGCCAAUGGAGAAACAAAAGAGAAGUCAUGAAUCAGAUGAGACAUACACCAGGAGACCACGGAGUUCCUUUUCAUUUACUAAGAAGACAUCGAUUGCAAAGCACAUCACAAGAUAUGAGAGAUAACAAAAAUGUUGUUAGGGGGCUAGAGAGCGUAUAUGGAAAAACAAAUAAUGAGGAGCUGCAAGAGAGAUUAAGCAGUUUCCUUCCGCAUUUACCAGGUUACAUUGACGCACCAGGAACAACUAGUGAUAGCUUGUAUGGACUGAUAGAAAAACCCCCAAUUGGUGGAAGAGAGCUGGCCCCUCUAUCGGAUUCAUCUCUUAUGAGUUUCAGGCUUAUGCCAGGAUCUGUACCAGAAAAGUUUAAAUUUAUGAAUCAUCCACCUGAAAAGAAGAAAAAACACAAGAAACAUAAAAUACAAGAGGAAGGGGGUGAAAUAAAUUCAGGUGACCCAGCUGAAAGAAAGCAUAAAAAGAAAAAGAAAGAAGAGGGCGACAAAAAGAAGAAGAAGAAAGACAAGAAGAAGAAAAAAAAAGGGGCAGAUGGAACACAGGGGAAUGUCUGAAAUCCAUGCCAUUUUAAAACCCAUUCAUCCAUGUUGGAGAUUAUGCUUUAGAAGAAGAUUGGUAAAAUAUCUCGGCACUCAAUGAUGCUGAAUGAAUAAGAACCAUCCAGCUAUAAUAGCUGAAUGAAUAGUGCUAUUUUUCAAGUAAAUUGUUGUUUAUAAUGUAAUGUAAAUAAACCUCAUCAUUCAAA